AUGCCAGGUCGUAGGCCCUACCGGCAAUUCAUCGACGGUGUGCCGAGGUGCCCAGUGGUCGUUCCAGCAGUGUUUCGUAAAAGCCUCUCUUUCCGCGCUUCCAAGGGUGACGUCGUACAGAGCACAUACCCUAAAAGUGGGUCCCAUUGGAUUCAGUACAUAACGCAGUUAAUCCUCAACGGAGGAAAACCCAUCAAUUCCUUCGACGAGUUCACCCGCAACCGUCAGUCACUCGGGUAUGUGGAGACUGAUGGCUGGGAGUCACCUCUACCUAUGAGACUGUUCAUGACGCACCAGCCACACAGCCGUGAGACUAUGAACAAGGAGGCCAAGUACAUCUACCUCGCUCGGAACCCAUGGGACGUCUGCGUCUCGCAGUUUCGCAUGACCACAGACCUCAGUUGCUUCCAGUUCGAGGACGGCACAUUCGAAGAGUUCUUCGAACCUUUCAUCGAGGGAGACUUGGGGUAUGGCAGCUACUUUGACCACGUGGCCUCAGCGUAUGCCAUCAAAGAAGAACCAAACUUUUUCUUCGUGACUUACGAAGAGCUCAAGAAGGACAUUAAAGGCACAGUUUUGAGACUGGCUAGCUUUCUGGGUGAAACAUAUGAGAGGGCUCUGCUCCAAAACUCGCAAAUGCUACAGAAUAUUCUUGAAUUGUCCGAACCAGAACACAUGAGGAAAGUCAUCCUGAUUAAUUUCUCAGGAAACACGGUUACAAGCAAGGAAGGCUAUGGUGGAGACAGAGCAAAGUACGCGUUGGUAAAAAAGGCCAAAGUGGGAGGCUGGAAAGAAUACUUCACUCCUGACCUGCUCGCCCGUUUCGAGAAGAAAAUACAGGAAGAAGGGGACAAGGCAUCUUUUGUGGAGGUGUGGGCAGACAUUCGAAAUGAAGCCUUCACGUUAUCACGCAGGCCUUCGGAGUACCAAAAAUUUUCCGUACCUUAG